AAACGAAAGAGCGGGCACAUUCGAAGGGACUUAACGUUUAAACCGUGCCCCGCGGAAAUGUAUUUCCAGUUGCUCAGUCACUCAAACAAUGAAUUUUGAAGGAAAAACUAGUAAAUUUGAUCGUCAAGCUAUCCAUAAAAAUGUUUCAGUCAGAAAGCUGAAAACAAAGACAAGUGAAAAAAGUAUUAUCUGGACAAAUGUUACUCUUCAUAUUAUUCUAUUUCUUAUGGCAAUAACAGCUGGUUAUUUGCAUUGUUUUCAUGUUUCGAAUUUGCAUGAAAAUGACCUGUUUUUCUCACAUUUAUCCAAUUUGGAGCGUGAGCUGACAUUUAGGACUGAAAUGGGAUUUUACUACUCCUACUUUAAACAAAUCGUUUUAGCAUCAACUUUUAUGGAAGGAUUCAGCUCAUUGCUUACUGAUACUAGGACUGAAUAUCCGCCUUGCUUAAGCCUGGUAAAUGAUACAGGUACUCAAAAGAAUAAUCAAUGUGCAAACCUUAAUUCUAUUGAACGAUUUAAUCUGUAUCCUGAAUUGUUGCUAGCUGGUGCUUACAGAUUCUUACACACAUUCGAUUUGAUCAGACAUUACUGUUUUCAAGUUAAAAGAGAUCCACCGACUAAUCCAAUCGCGAUCGCUAUAAAUCCAAAUAUAAUGGCAAAUUUAUCACUACUUAGAAAGCUAGAUGUAAUACCGUCGAAUCAAUUGAAGAUCAACAGUACCUCGAUUAUAAGUUGUGAUGGAUCUGGCGAACCGCCAUAUUUCUAUGUAAAUUCAGUAUUCAUUUUGUCAGGUCUGGUACUUUUUGGUUUAACUUACUCUGGUUGGUUUGUUGCUAAGAUUGGGAGUUCAAAUCAAUCUAAAAUGGAUCAUAUACUACAGCUUAUUGGCGGAUUUCUUCCAAUUUUAGCGUAUUUCUCUAAUCAUAGAGAAGCUACACGUGUUCAAUGGACUCCACCAUUGAGAGAAAGCUUCGCUUAUCCAUUCUUUAUAAUUCAACAGUCUUUUUUAUUAGGUUAUUUUGGAUCAAAUCAAAUGUUACGAUCAUAUCGAGGGAAAAGUUUCAUUUGUUUACCAAUAUACUGUAUACUGCUAUUGAGUUGUCAAAUUUCAUGGCAAUUUUCCCAAUUCGCUUUACUUACUCAAAUUAUAUCGAUUAUUUGUGCCUUUUGUUUAUCACUAUCAUCAAAUACCCCUUAUUCUCUUAGUUCAAACCAACAAAAAUCAGUUAUUCUAAGCCUUUUAUUCAAAAUAAAACAGAUCAUAUGGAUUCAUUUAAUUGUAUUCAAUUUAUCAUUUAUAUUACAAUUUGGCAAUCGUUUACUUCUACAGUCUGGUUAUAUGUUUAUUCUACUAAGUAGUUUAUUAAGUGUAUAUAUACUUCAACAACUAUUAAAUACCUAUAAUCCAUUGACAAUUAAAAAGAAAGAAGUAUCUACUCGAUCAUCAAUGAUGAAUAUUACAUUUAUACGUUUUCUAUGCUUACCAUUAUUGCUUGUCUGUCUAUGUACGAUCGGAUUAAGUUUACUAUUCUCAGUUUUCUCAAAAUAUGCUUUCAAUAAUAAUUACGAUUUAAACAGAAAUAAUAAUGAUAAUCACAAUGAUGGGGGCCAUAUAUGGGAUUUAUUAAAGCAUAAAUUAACCAUAUUAUUUGGUAUUACAACUUAUAAAACAUUUCAUACAAUGUUGUAUAUAUGUGCACCAGAAUUUGAUUUUAUCAAUUGGGCGACUUUAAAACAACCUCUUGAAACUGGUCUUAUAUACGGUUCCAUUCUAGUCUGCUUCAUCGUUUCUUUUAAAUUAUUCAGGAACUUGUUCAGUUCUCAUCGUCACCAUCAUCUUUCAGUUACUGUAAAUAACCAGUUGUUUAACAGUGAUAAUUUGUCAAGCUGUGAAUAUUCAUUUCAAAUAUUGCGAGAUUUUAUUUCAUUAUUAGUUAUCAUUCAGUUGGCGAUUUUUACGAUUAUGGCUAUGUUAAUUAUGAGACUCAAACUGUUCUGGACACCUCAAAUGUGUUUAUCACUCGCUAUAUUAGCUCAGCCUACGCGAUGGUUUGAAAUGUUUCAUGAAGUGAAAAGCAUUGGUGGCCGUAUAUUUCGUACAUCGUCAUUGAAUAGCGACUGUGAACCUGAAAAAAAGACAAAACGUUCAUUUUGGUUUCAUCAUGUUAUUUAUACAACAAUACUAGUAUUGUUCAUAGCGUUUAUGGCUGGACGUGGUUUGGAGAAUUUAAAAAGUGUGACGUGUGAACAAGAAGCUUAUCAUUAAAUACAAACAUUAUAUAAUCUGAAAAAGUCCAAGCCAGAUUGAUGAACGAAACGUUGGAAUUAUUUAAAUAGCUAAAAUUAUUCUAAUACAAUUUCUACAUUUAAUGUCUUCUGUAUACUCGGCGCCCAAUUUAUACCAAAUGUUCACAGAAAGAAUCUUAUCAUCCUGUUAUUCUUCGUAAUUUCCUAGAGUUAAGUGAUUAGAAUUAGUCACACUUUUACUUGAUUAUAUUAGUAUUAAUAGGUCAUCUUUUAACAAAUGAACCAAUUUAUAAGCCUCAUUUUGUACUGACAUAGUUUUGAGAGAAAAUGUCUAAUAGCCAACUAAAUCUUUGAUCAACAGGACAAGCUAUUAGUUAAUUUUGAAAAAUUCCUAGUAGCUCACUUGUUUUCCAAAUGUAUCUUGAUGAUGUUGUCUAGAAAUACAAUCAAAAGCUGCACAACUCAAAGAGAACAAUACUCUUUCUGAGUUACAAAUAUUUUUGAUCAUUUUGGAGGAAAAAACCCACUUAAUUUAAUGUUCAAACUGAUGUUAUCUUUCUCAUACACUAAGUUUUCUGAUUUUUUUUAUGUUAAAUCUGUUAAAAUGAUUUUCCAAGUUCAUGAUAUUGAUAAAUAUUCCAAUUGCUCAAGAUAAAUAUAGCAUUCUUACAUAUUUUUUUUAUUCCAAUCCUUGUUAGUCUGAAUGGAGUAUACAAGGUUCAUUUAGUGCGUAUGAAAGUGAAAUAUUAAUUAAUUGGUUUCGAAGUUUACCGCAAAAACGUGAAGAUUCUGCCUUAUCGUCAUCAUCCUUAUCAUGGAUUAUAUCUGGACCAAUGUCUUUAUUAGGCAAUCUACGUUUAACAUUACCAGCCUCUGCUCCUUAUCCAUCUACUCAAAUUGUUUCAUUGAAUGAAUCUGGAUUUGCUUUUACAAAUCAUCCACAUUAUGAGAAUACAAUACUUCGUUAUAGAACUAUUUUAGCUUAUGGGAUUUAUAGUCGUAAACCUGUUCAUGAUGUGUGGCAUACAUAUCGUCAUAUUUUGCAAGCUGAUUUUGUAAUAGUAGAAACUCAUACAUGUCCGUCUAGAGGUGGAUGCAGUAAACCGGAACUUUUUGAUCUACUCGAUACAAAUCUUGCUGGACGUCCAGCACUAUGUGAAUCAUUAAUGAAUAUACAAGUUUUAAAAGCUGGCAGAACUCCAAGUACUUUGGAACCAUAUUUUACAGUUGUUUAUGUUGAACUGUACACAGGCAGAGUUGUACUAUAUGUGAAUAAAUUGACGUAAUAUAUAAUGGAAGCAAGUAGGCUACUUACAGAUUUAAAGAUUAUGUACAGUGUCGCCAUGAAUGUAUGUUACCCAGAUGCUCAUUUGUGAUUACAAUGUAAAUCUCUUUGUAAACACAAACUACUAAUCAUUUCAUUUUUAGAAUGUUAUUAAAUCUAAUAUUAUCAAAAGUUAUGCAUAGCAUUUAAAUAAACGUUAUUUGAUUGUUGUUUAC